AAUACAAUCACGUGAGCGCGGGGAGCCAAUGGCCAACUGGGAAAGGCUGAAAAAAUAAUUACCUGCCCUGAUUGUUCUAUGAGAAGAUAAAAAGUACACAUACAGUUCAUACAAUAAUCUUAUGAAUGUAAAAGAGGGGGGAAGGAUGUCCGCUUCGGGCCCCAUAAGCAACUAUUAUGUAGAUUCCUUGAUAAGUCAUGAGAACGACGAGCUCUUGGCGUCCAGGUUCCCCGCCACUGGCUCGCACCCCGCGGCCGCCAGACCUUCAGGAUUGGUACCGGACUGUGCCGACUUUCCGUCCUGCAGUUUCGCCCCUAAACCGGCCGUGUUUACUACUUCCUGGGCUCCCGUGCAUUCUCAGUCGUCCGUGGUUUACCAUCCGUAUACGCACCAGCCGCACAUAGGGGCUGACACCAGGUAUAUGCGCACUUGGCUAGAGCCCAUCUCCGGCGCUGUGUCUUUCCCAGGCUUCCCACCCAGCAGCAGGCAUUACGGACUCAAGCCGGACGCUUUCCCCGGCCGGAGGGCGGAAUGUGGCCCGAUGGACGGGCGAGGUUAUCCGGAUUAUAUGUACGGAUCCCCGGGUGACCUGAGAGACAGAACACCGCAGACAAUUCCAUCCCCGGAAUCUGAAACCAUCGCUUCCAGCAAACACAAAGAAGAAAAGAACGAAUUAGACCCUAGCAACCCCGUCGCGAAUUGGAUUCAUGCACGCUCCACAAGGAAGAAAAGAUGCCCCUACACAAAAUAUCAGACCCUGGAACUGGAAAAAGAGUUUUUAUUCAAUAUGUACCUCACGCGAGACCGGAGAUACGAAGUAGCCAGGGUCCUCAACCUCACUGAACGCCAAGUCAAAAUCUGGUUUCAAAACAGGAGAAUGAAAAUGAAGAAAAUGAAUAAAGAGAAAACCGAUAAGGAACAGCAAUAAAGUUGGCAGAGUCCAAUAAGUGCAAGAGAAACGAGGGUGAGAGAGAGAGAGAGAGAGAAAGCAAGAAAGCAAGCAAGCAAGAAAGCAA